AUGGUGCGAUCGGCACUUUCGGAGAGCCCCCGCCGAUCUCGAACUACAGAAUCUGCAAAAUCCACGCGAAACUCCUCUCCUCGCGAUAGCACGUACCUGACGUUCAGCGCUGAUUUGCGUAAAGCCAGAUUCGUGACCAUGGCUGCCGAUGAAACGACGCCUCUACUUGGCAAUGGGUUCCAAAAAGAGCCGAAGUCAAUUAAGACUCUGGCAACGACUUUCUUCGGCCCCGCCAACCGGAUACUGCUGGCCGGGUUCUUGAUGGCAUUCACAUUGGGCAUAACACAAGUCCCUAUUAUCUAUGUGUUCCGCGUAAUGGAGUGCGAUGUUUUCUAUACUCACAACCCCCCAUUUGAAGGAAUAGGAGAUCGGUGUAACCGCCGGGAAAUCAACGCCGGUACUGCAACACAAGUCUCAAUACUAGGAAUGUCCACAUCGUUUAGCGGUGUUCUGAAUCUCUUCGUUUGCGGGUAUUUCAUCAAGCUGUGGGGUCCUCGUUGGGCCUUUGUUAGCCAGACUUCGCUUCUUGGCGUUCGAGUUGCCACCCAAGUUCUUGGAGUUACGCUUGGAGGCAGAACCGGCAUCAUUGUCUUCCAGGCUAUGCAAAGUAUUGGGAUCAUUGGCGGUCCUCGUGGUUAUCAGUUGGUGCUAAACACUGCAGUCAGCGAAGUUGUCUCUCCACGGGAUCGAACGGCAGUCUUCGGUCGGCUGCAAGGCUCCAUUAUGCUAGGAACGGCAUUCGGCUUCUUAUUGGGAGGUGUUCUCGGCGAUAUAUAUGGAAUCCGCCGCCCUUUUGAGGUUGCUUUCUUCUUGUACAUUACAUCCAGCAUCUAUGGCGCUCUUUUCAUGCCAACUACCUCUUCCAACGACGACAAGGUGAAAGACAAGAAUACACGAGGCGUUGGAGGGUUCUUUGCUCCCCUCAAGGUCAUCGUGCCCCACCGAUACGUUUUGGAAGACGGCAAGAUUAUCAAAAACUACGGCUUGGUUUUUCUAGCGUUAGGGAUAUUUCUUGGAGUUUUUGCAUCAACUUAUGCGCCAACCCUGUUGCAGAUGUAUGCUACAGCAGAAUUUGGAUUCGGCACUACGGAAAAUGGAUGGCUUAUGUUUGGAAGAAAUUGGCUUAAUGGCACCACACAAUCCGAUGCUACAACGACAAACAACGUUGAGCACUUGCCAACAGACCCUCGGGAUUUCGAUGCAAGCCCUGGGGAGCAGGUUCCACAAGAACCCAUAGAGCCACCUGAACCAGAAGACGAAGAUACAGGUACUGGGUUUGACCUUCUUUUCGUGAGAUGGAGUCUUGUCGUAGACUCUAUCGUUACAGCCAUUGCAGGCCUAUCAAGGGAAGGAUGGCAAGCCUACAUGGCUGCCUUUUUGCUACCCUUCGCCUCUGGAUCGGCACCAGCCGCGAAAGGAGUUAUGACCGAGAUGUGCCCCCCACAUAAACGCCAAGAUGCGAUCGCUGCUAUUACUUUGGUUGAAAGCGCAGCCAUGCUAAUCACGCAAGGCUUGUUCGGACUUAUCUUUGCCGCCUUUUCUGAAAUCGGACAACCAAGACUGACAUUCUUCUGCAAUGCGGGCUUCGCCGUUGUUGCUGUCACUGUUCUGUUUCUGUCAAGGUUCCCUCCGCUAGGAAGCAAGCGCAUAGAUGAUAACCGCGAUAAUGAGGAUUGUUGA